AUGUUAAACAAGAGCGCGGCUCAAAGGAGAUUUAACUAUCAUCCAGUUGACGUUCUGAAACAGUUCGAGGUCAUAAAAAGGAUUAAUACAUUAUCAAGUGCCUUCUUCUGGCAUGGAUCGUCGGAAUCCGGGAGAGGAGCUAAGGUGAAGUGGGAACACUUAAACUAUCCUAAGAAAGAAGGGGGCCUAGGUUUGUGGAGUCUAGCAAGUUGGAACAAUACUUGUGGAAUCAAGCUCAUCUGGAUGCUAUAUUUCAGAGCUGGCUCAAUUUGGGUCGCCUGGAUAAGGACCAAAUAUCUCUCCCACUCUCCUUUUUGGGCGUUGAAUGAGAAGAACAAUCGGUUUUCUUGGAUGUUUCUCAAACUGUUAAAGUUGACAAAAGUGGUUUCUUCUUUCAACCGUAUCAAGAUAGGGAAUGGGGAUGAUACUUUCUUUUGGUGGGAUUCUUGGACACCAUUUGGCUCAUUGAUCGACUUCCUCGGCUCCGAUGGUCCUUCAACGUUAGGCAUUCCGCUAUUCAACACGAUCAGUGAUGUUAUCUCCUUUGAUUCAUAG